AGUCAAUGAGGGGCAUUGCUCAGAGUUAGACGCUCCAGCGCAGUGGAUUUGGAUUUGAGGGCCUCAAGAAAAAACCGAUUGCUAUAUAUACUAUUAUGGGCUAUAAAAAGCAGACGAAGUUUACGGCAUAUUUUUAAAUCGUGCUUGCUUACAUACAUAUACACAAAGAUAAAAAGUGCAUUUAAACACGUGGACGCGAAGGUAACGAGUAAAUUAAACCUGAAAACAAUUUGUUCAAACCAUCGCGCACAUGUCUGUCGGCAAACGGAGUGGAAAUGGCAACAUCGCCAAUGCCAAUGCCAAUGCCGAUGAGAGCCCAACAACGUCCAAUGGACAUGCAGUUGUAACUCGGACUGCUGCUGAGAGUGGGAACGUGGAGGCAUCCGCUGCUGAAGAUAACUCACUGGAUGCCAUUCUGGUGAGAAUCGGGCAGUUUGGUCGAUUUCAAAUCAUUAAUUAUGUGUUGUUAUGUGUGCCGAUGGUGUUCAAUGCCUUCUUCUCGAUCUCGUAUGUGUUUACUGCCAGCACAGUGGUACACAGAUGCAAUAUAACGCAAUGUGACAGCCCGAGCAGUUUGUAUGAGGAGCCCUGGCUGAAUUUCACCGUGCCCUAUAAGAACUCAGCCUGGGACUCGUGCAACCGUUAUGCGAGCCUGCCACCGGGAGGGAACACAGCUCCAUUCAGCACUCCCUCGAGCGAUAUGUGUGCUGAAGAGUAUUUUGAUAAUAGUACUGAGCACUGUGGCACUGAUUUCAAAUUCAGAGAUGAAGAGAAAACCAUUUCGACCGAGUUUGGCAUCUUUUGCAAAGACGAAUGGAAACUUUCGAUGGUGGGCACCAUAAACAACGUGGGACAGUUCGUAGGCAUACCACUGGGAGGUUUCUUUGCAGACCGAUAUGGACGUCGCACUAUGCUGGCUAUUGCUGGAGCUGUGAGUGCCGUCAUGGGCAUCAUCCGUUCCCUGUCCAGCAAUUACGCGAUGUUUGUGUGCUUCGAAUUUCUGGAUAUGGCUGUGGGCAGCACUCUGUUCCCCACGGCCUUUUUGCUGGCCAUCGAGCUGGUUGGACCCAAGCGUCGUGUGGCGGCUGCCACAAUCAUCACCAUCUUCUAUGCAGUGGGUGAGGCACUUCUUGGCAUUUUGGCAUCGCAAGUGCAGAACUGGCGCUGGCUGCUGCGAGUCCUCUACGCGCCAGCCAUUCUGCAAAUUUUCUUCCUCUGGAUUCUGCCGGAGAGUGUGCGCUGGCUGCUCAGCCAGGGUCAGGAGGAGCGAGCGGCAUCCGUUCUGAAGCGGGCAGCACGCAUCAACAAGCGUCCUCUGCCUGAUCAACAGGUGGACGAGCUGCUGGUCAACAAUCGCCAUAAGCUGGAGCAGGCCAAUGAGAGUCAGUAUCCAAUCAUGCAUGCAGUCCGCUUCUUCGCCUGGCGCAUUACCAACUGUUGCUUCUGCUGGUUCACGCACACCCUGAUUGCCCUUGGCCUGAGCUUGAACUCUGUGAAUCUCGGCGGCAGCAAGUACAACAACUUCAUGCUCAAUGGCUUUGUGCAAAUUCCCGGCCUGCUGCUGCCCCUCAUCAUCAUGGAUCGCAUUGGCAGGCGAUAUUCGCUGUGUGCCUCAAUGUUAAUUUGCGCGAUUUGCAUGGGCGCCUCGGCAGCCAUCAGAUCAGAUGAUUACGCUGGCUCGCUGACGCUCUUCUUAAUUGGAAAGUUGGCUAUAACGUGUAGCUUUCAGAUUUUAUACUUUUUUACUUCGGAGAUCUUUCCCACCAAUGUGCGGAAUAGUCUGCUCUCUCUGUGCUCUAUGGUGGGUCGCAUCGGUUCUAUGCUUGCUCCGCAAACACCCUUGUUGGCUAAGUACUACGAGCAUGCUCCUGCGAUUUUAUUUGCUACUUUUGCAUUUGUCAGCGGUUUCCUGACGCUUGGUUUUCCAGAGACAGCAGACAAAGUGCUGCCCACAACGAUGGAGGAUGCCCGCGACUUGGAUCUCAAUCUGGCUCGUCAAGGGCGCACAGACGAAGACGAGGAGCAGGAGUCUCCUCGGAAAAUGUGUUGAUUAAUUUGUUGGAAAGACCUGCACCGUUAGAAUGCUUGCUAGCAAUUGCUUUUUCCAAAGAUUUGAAUUUGUUGAGAUUGUUGUAAGCUUGUUCUGUGCUUAGUAUUAAGAAAAUAUCGAUUUUAUUGUCAUACGAAAUAGUUAUUUUUUAUAGUAUUUUUUUAAUAUUUUUUUUAUUGCAUAUAAAACGAAAAAGUCACAACUAGCUAAAUAUACAAAAUAAUU